AUAUUCUACUAUCUCACUGCAUACAGACUCCAGAGAGAGAGAGAGGGAGGAAAGGAAGAGAGAGAUGGGAACUGUGGCUCCAAACUUGAUGGAAGUAUCCGCCGGACGUGAUAACGAAAACGGUGCUGCCAGAAGCCCUCCGGCAAAAGUGCUUGAUGCUGGAGCUCUCUUCGUCCUCAAAUCUCAAGGAUCAUGGUUGCAUUGUGGGUACCACUUGACGACGUCGAUAGUAGCUCCAGUGAUUCUAACUCUUCCCUUUGCGCUGGCCUUGCUAGGCUGGGUUGGGGGACUCAUAUGCCUCGCCUUGGCUGCUUUGGUCACUUUCUAUUCCUACAAUCUUCUAUCCUUGGUUCUGGAGCACCAAGAAAAGCUCGGACAUCGCCAGCUUCGCUUUCGAGACAUGGCCCGAGACAUUUUAGGUCCUGGAUGGGGCAAAUAUUUUGUUGGUCCCUUGCAGUUUUGGAUUUGCUAUGGUGCAGUUAUUGCUUGCACUUUACUUGGAGGGCAGAGCCUUAAGUUCAUUUACUUGCUCUCCUACCCAGAUGGGACAAUGAAGCUACACCAAUUUAUAAUUAUUUUCGGAACCGUUCCACUGGUUUUAGCUCAAAUGCCAUCCUUCCACUCCUUAAGGCAUAUUAAUCUUGUCUCUCUUAUCCUUUGCCUGGCAUUCAGCACUUGUGCCACUGCUGGCUCCAUAUACAUUGGACAUUCCGAUAAUGCUCCUAGAAGGGAGUAUACCGUGAAAGGAAGCGCAAAAGACCGCAGUUUUGGUAUCUUUAAUGCCAUUUCAAUCAUAGCUACUACAUAUGCAAGUGGAAUAAUUCCUGAAAUACAGGCAACUUUAGCACCUCCAGUAAAAGGAAAGAUGUUUAAAGGUCUAUGUGUUUGCUAUAGUGUUAUAGUGACAACAUAUUUCAGUGUGGCAAUAUCUGGGUACUGGGCUUUUGGAAAUCAAGCCAUGGGAACAGUUCUUUCAAAUUUCAUGGGUGAUGGCAAGCCUUUAUUGCCUACCUGGUUCUUGCUAAUGACCAAUGUCUUCACCCUCUUGCAAGUCUCAGCUGUCACAGUGGUUUACUUGCAACCAACAAAUGAAGUGUUUGAGAAGAAAUUUGCAGACCCAAAAAAGGAUCAAUUCUCAGUCCGUAACGUUGUGCCGAGAUUGAUUCUCCGGUCACUGUCCGUUAUAGUAGCAACAACAUUUGCUGCAAUGCUACCUUUCUUUGGAGAUAUCAUGGCAUUGUUUGGGGCAUUUGGAUGCAUUCCUCUAGAUUUCAUUUUGCCAAUGAUUUUCUACAAUGUAACUUUCAAGCCUUCCAAACAAAGUCUUAUAUUUUGGGUUAACACAUCGAUAGCAGGAGUGUCCUUCUUGUUAGUCGGGGUAGGGGCUGUAGCAUCUGUUAGGCAAAUUGUUCUUGAUGCCAAAACGUAUCGGUUAUUUGCUAACAUGUAACGUUAUUAUGGAGAAAACAAUAUGUAUUGAAUAUCUUUAAGUGUAAAUUCGGAGAAAUGGUAGGGUCCUAUUACUAUUGUGGGAUCUUAAUUACCAGUA